AUGCUUAGAAAACGGUACAGACCUCUGGAUGCGGCGGAGGAGCGUUCCUUAAGUGUCGAGCAGUUGUUUCAGGUUGGUUUGCUCCAUGACGAGCAAUCGUAUUGUUUCAGUUGGCCUGAAGCACCAUUGUCAUCGAUUCUACGCCGUUCUAACACUUUGUUGUCUGCUGGCAUGCACAAUAAUAUUGUACCAUCUACGCCAACGACGGUGGUACAGCCCCCAAUUGCUAUAAUAAAUAGCACUUCGAGUGAUCACGUGAAGGACAAUCAAUUCUGUUUUUCUAGGAGUAAUCCGGCAAUUUCAUUUUCAUCCACAGUGACUUCUUCACCAUUACGAAACAGGGGACCACCGCGCUACAAAAGGCAUCCUGGAGCUCCGGCGACAUCUUCCACCGAAGACAACAUUUUUUCUUUGAACGCCCAACAAAUUGCUGACCUAAAAGCUGCGGGAGCAUUUACGGCUUUUUACGAGGUAUACCGCAAAAUAUCUACAUCAUCCAAAGACAACAAUGACGAAGAGGACUUGGAGUUGAUAGCGAAGCGAGAUAUUGAAGAGGAAGUUGCGAAACUGGAGUGGCGUGCGUUUCAGGAGUCUGAGAAGACGGCCCCGGCUUUGCAGCGGAUCCUCUUGUUGACGACCGCCGUGCCUUUUAUUGAGGGUGGUAAGAAGAAUAGUGACGAAGAUUUCACGCGUAGUGGUCACACGUGGCAACGAAUUACGUACGAUUCGUGGAUAAGAUGGCGAAGCAAAACAUUGUUAGCCACUGGCGAGGCAGUUAGUGAUGCAAAUGCGUCGCCAUGGGGGUCUCCACUUUUACCUGGGUCUUUUCUGGCCUCGUCGGCGAAGGAGUACUUUCUAAAUAUAAAUGGUGAUCGAAAUGGUAGUAUUAAGACCGGAAGAGCCUCUGAGAAGGCGGGUGGUGACGGGGAAGACAGCCAACUACUAUCUACUGCAGUACCACGGCGUCGCGGUGCUUACGGUUACCUUCGUUGGCGUAUUGACCUGUAUGAGCCAAAACUACGUGCUGCUCCAGGAGGGGGGCGGGGAGGGUACGGUGUGGGAACAUUACCGAAGCUUCUCAGCGCCGCCGAGGUAAAGAGUCUUGUUGCUGAGAAGCUUCCUACUGCUUUUCUUGACCUGAGGCGUGAUGAACGCGUAGAUCCUUUAGAUGCAUUGGCCCUUGCGGAUAUCCGAAGUGAAGUGGAAACAUGGAGACAGUGGCUUGCGUAUGUGUGA